AUGACAACGACGGCGGCCGAGAGUUUGUUGCCCGAGGUGACCGCAUGGACGGGGAUGCAGACGGUGCUACGAGCCGCUGAUCAGCUUUUCUUCGGUGACACACUGCUUCAGCACAGCUGCUCCAAUGAAGCACCAAGUUCGCAUCGUUCAUUUGAAGAUCAUGCCGAAGUGGUUCAUCAUGAUCAUCAAGAAGAUAAAGGAAAAGGCAACAAGAAAGCUAAACGCGAAAAGCACCAUGAAAAGGCACCCGGAGCACAGAAUCAGACCGAUGGAUUGCGUGAAGCUAUCGCCAGUGCCAAAGAGACAGUAAAAGAAGCACUGAAAGAUAAGGACGGCAGUGAAGCAGCUGGCGCGUUGUUGGAAUUAAAAAAUGAAGUUGCUACGCUGAAAAAAAGCAGCGACGACAUGAAACGUGAACUGGAAAAAUUACGUGGAGAUUUUCAGAAUUUGCUAAAAUAUGUUCAGCAGAGCAGCUCGGAGCAUGCCGCAAAAUAUCCAUCAUCCGCUGACCACUAUAUUGCCGAGAUUCAGACCCAAUGUCCUCGUGUUCACGUCAUUUUUUCGGUCGAUGCUUGUUCACUUCCCGAAGGAUGGAACGGCUUUUUCGAUGAUGUUAUCUGGAAUUUCCCCCACCAUUGCGGCAAAACAAAUCUUCGUAAAAGUCGUCAGCUGAUGCGCAAUGCUUUUCGAAGCAUCCAACGGAUUUUGGGUGCCGGCUCUUUCCAUCUCACUUUAGCCCAGAAACAAAGCGGCCUGGAUUUCGCAUCAAUCAACGAGAAACGACCGCUAAAAUUUGGCGCAUUACCGGAGCAUCAGCUGGAUAGUUGGCAGAUUGCCUACUUAGCUGCUGAUGAAAAUUUGCUCAUCCGUGAAGCAUCACCUUUUUGUGCUGAAAAAUUUUCCAGCUACGUUAGUUCAGGCUACCACAACAGCGAACGAUCUUUUCACUUCGUAGACCAAGCAGAGACUCUUACGUUUGUACGAAGUUCAGCUCUCAUCACAACGCUUCAAGAUUUGAAUGAGCUCGAAAGCCGUAGUUUUCUUAGAAUUCGAGGCAUAGCUCAUGAAUGGAGACCUUUUUUUGGCCGAGAUCUAUCAAUUCUCUAUCGAAAUCCAACCAAACUGUUGCAUUUGGAGAGAGUCUUAUUCUCCCUGAUAGACAGAUUUUGUGGGCAUGCUUUAAUUAGUCUUUAUGAGCUGGAAAAUCUGCGGACACAGUACGAGGAUUGUCCGAAUCGAAUCUAUCGCCUUACCUGGCAAACUUGGCGGUUACCAUUGACAAGAACCCUCUGCAAUUCAUUGCAUGAAGGACUGAAGUGCAUUUUAUCGGAUUGUUUUGUUCGAGAGAAUUUGGAAAUGAUUGGCAGUGCCACUGCUGCUUCUGCUACUGCUGCUUCCUCGGAAAGCCAAUCAGUGCCAUCGCGAACAGAUGAAAAGCCAGUGGAAGAAGAAAAGAACGAAGACUUUGAUUUGUUUGGAUCAUCGGAUGAAGAGGAUGCAGAAAAGGAACGAGAAAGGCAAGAAAGGCUGAAGGAAUAUGCGCAGAAAAAAGCCAAAAAACCACAAGCCGCUGCAAAAUCAUCCAUAAUCCUGGAUGUCAAGAAUUUUUCAGCAAAAUUGAUACCGCUUGCAUAUGGCAUUAAAGUGUUGCAAAUAAUCUGUGUGGUAGAAGAUGAGAAAGUUUCAGUGGAUGACCUCAUCGAUCAAAUAACUGAAGAAGUUGCCGAUCACGUUCGUUUUCAUUCAUGCUAUUCCGAGAUAUACUUAUGA